AUGGCGGACGAAAUCCAGUCACCAGCGAAGAAGCGCAGGAAGACAGAAAAAACAGGGUCCGAUGUUGAUGAUAAGCUUGAAUCAAAGCAGCAGUCUGCAAAGAAAUCGGGUGAGAUUGAGAAAUUAAACUCACUAUACUCGAUUUUUUGGCCAAGUUCACAGUAGUUUAGGCUAUAAAAGGUGCAUCUUAAAACUGUUUCUGCAGGUAAAGAUGUGAAUAGUCGCAACGAUCUUAAAGAAAAGAUGAGGGAAACAUUCAAAGUUGAACUUCCCUCGGAUUUUUUCGAUUUUUGGGAUUUUUGCAAAAAUCUGAAAGGUGGAAAUCCAUGUGGUAAGUCCGCUUUCAGUGUUAACACGUCUUGCAUCUAUCUGACUAAGAACUUCAAUUAAAGCUUAAGUAUUAAAGUCGAUAGUUAAGUAAUAAAAUUAACUUAGAUUAGCAAGCCUGCCCUGAUGUAUGCUUGGUUGUAUCUUGAAAGCCUUAUUCAUUAAAUAAAUGUAAUUUUUUAAAGCUGCAAACAAAAGCUGUUCAUAGCUGGAACCUUACUAAUUUUUCGCAUGUUUCUCAUCGUAUACUUCUUAGUGUAGUAAAAGUUAAAGAAUUCUUGACACUUUGUACAAUGAAUCGUGACUUGUUAAUCUUGAGUGAGCAAUAGAUCAAUUAGUAGCUUGAUAGGAACCGGAAAUAUGAUCCCUAUUGUGUAAGCAAGCGUGCAAAAAUGUGCAUCGUGUAAAGUAGACAGUUAGAUGUGCCUUCCGAUUGGAAUAGCGUAAAAGCUACAAGCUACACCCUUUAGACUGAUAGGAUUUUGUGUAGGAUGGAAUGAUUGCUCAAACCUAGCUGCUCAGGAUUUACGUAAGUAAUGUAGGUGUAAUAGUGUUAUAAGCUUUCAAUCGAAUUAGGGUGUUUACUAGAAAGGAAACCACAUGCAUUCCCUACUAUAUUUUCCCACGUAUGAUUUAGCUACCAAUAUGUAUAAAAGUACCUUGAUUUAGUAAUAAAGGAUGAAUGUGAAUGUGAUCAGGACUUGAGUGUGUGCAAGUCUCUUAGAAUAUUGAUAGCCCGAAACCGGCCAGGUCUAGAGAUACUCAAGCAGUCGACACUUAUCUGUUGGCCAUGAAAUCAACUCCCGUUUACAACAUUAGCAUCAGAUAGAUUGGUUCUUUUUUUCAAGGCCCUAUUCAUGGCGAGACCUUAAUCAUGAUAAGACUAGGCAGCUUGUGGUACAACUGUAUCUAUUGGACAAACUUUGAGACACUGUCUGUCUAUAAAAAUUCUGCUAUGCCACACCUGGUCAUUAUUCAGCUAGCUUGCACAAAAGCAAACAGUUACAGUAAUUUUGUUACCCGCCCUCCCUCCCUUUGGAGGAGUUGUGUUGUGUUAUGUAUUAAUAAACGUUUGGUGGGUCACUCCUUGUGGUGCGGUUAAGUCUACGUUGUGACUUCCCCCAAGCUUUAGGCAUUGCUUGUGUCUUGCCAUCUUAUUCCUUUGCCUUAAUCUUGUCUGAUCCAGCCCGUGCAGUGCUAGGGAGAUAAGAAAGGCUCUGCCAACACUCUUGUGCUAUCCCACGGUAGUGGGGUGAUAAGUGAGUGAGGCUUGUGUUAUUUUGUGCGCAUAACCUGAAGUUUCUAUAACCUGCACAGUACUGUGUCCCCCACCCCCACCCCCACCCCCCUUAUUAAGCCAUCUUGUGGUUGUUGUUUCAUUUAGCCUGUGUAUGUUAUUUAGUUUCGUGACUUUUUCAUGUGUAUCUUAAGCAGAAUAGUGACAUUAAUUAAACCAAAGUCAAACCCUGCUUUAUUAUGGACACCUGCUUAAUAUGGACACCUCGUUAUUACAGACAGUUUGCUUUAUCCCUUGGGAAAGAAAGCUCUUUCAUUUUCUCUAAAUUCAACCUCCUUAAUGCAGACACCCCGUUGAUAUGCACACUUUGUAUGGCUCCAAUAAUGGGGUUGACUGUUAUUUAUAUUCUGUUUCGUCAUUUGUAGAUGCUUUGAAAGAAUCUCUUGGGUUACAGCUGGUUGGACCAUAUGAUGUUUUGUCAGGAUCCUUUGAUGAUGUGAAAGAGUCAGAUAUCAUAUCAUAUCACCUUCAUUAUAGAUAUUACUAUGAUCCUCCAGAAUUUUUGACUGUUAUAAGAGGUGAUGACAAGACAGGGUUUCAUGUGGGAUACUAUAGGUAAAACUAGCUAAUAGACAACACGUUUCUUCUGCCUGUCUUUAUGUUCCCAGUAUUUAAAACACUUCACCUGAUUUAAACUGAGUGGUAACUCAAUGUAAGUUUUUGUUUUUUUAGAGAUGAUCCAAAAGUUCUUCCAGUGUUCGUAGCAUCUAACCAGGCUGAGAAGGGUUGUGAAUUUUCUGUCCUUGGUGAAAACCUCUUUGCAGCAAUCAAGUAAGCAUUACUUUAUAAAUUUAGUUCUCUUUGUGAUGAUUAUAGGUGACUUGCUUCAGUCACGACCCUGCUUGUUUCAACUCCCAAUAAUAUUUUAUCUAUUUUUAAAGUUUCUUCAGGAAUGUAUCAUUCAAGUAGAGGCUACAUUCCUUUUACGUAUUAGCAUGUGGAAUGUAAAUGAGGAUUUCAACUGCUUGAAACACAAAUUGCUUCAGGAAACUAAUCUUGAAAGAGGUUUACAUAUAUGUUAUACAGAACUGUAGAUUUACUUUUUGCAUGCAUAGUAAUGCUUCAAUUCCUAUCCCCAAUCUUACUGACUUACAAUAAUUAGUAUUGUCUGGUUGUCUUAGCAAAUUUAUUGCUGACUUUAUGAAGACCUCAAGUGGUAAAUCCAAGCAAAAAUCAUUGAAGACACUUCAAACAUCACUUGUUUCUGAAGCAAAGAAACUGAAAUACAAUCUUGAGACAAGCACGUCAGCCAUCAAAGCUAGAAACAAGAAGGUUGUGUGUAAGACUUUUCACAAAGCUGGAAUUGUUGUCCCAGUCAUAAAUGAAGUUGGGUACCGGCCUCUUACCAUGACUGACGGUGAGUUAGAGGUUGUGAUAUUCUCACUGACAUGUAGAAAUUUAACAUCUUCAUACUUUUGACGAUUUUUAUAUUGCUUUAAUUUUGCACUCAGGUGCAUAUCCACAUACAUAUUCUCCUGACUGAUCUCUAUACUUUUCCUUUAAGAAUUAGUUGAGAGAACUGGAUAAAAGAUUAAAGCAUUUCUCUUGGGUGUUUACUCACCUUGUGAGCAGAGCUUCCUUUUGUCUUCUUUAGUGAGGAGACAAAAAGGAGGCCCUACCUGAAUGACGUCAAACCUUUAAAGUCGCGGCAACUAAAUUUCUGAACUAGUCAAUUUUGUUCCCUCUUGUCAAACCAGGGUGCAAAUAAAGAAAGACAGUUUUACAGCCUGCCAUUCGGGCAAGCUGUAGCUAGCAUGUACUAGCCCACAAGUCAUUUCAAGUAGCCCCAAAACCCUUUUUGAUUAGCAGGAUUGAUUACAAUCCUUCUGUAAUUAAAGUUCCCCCCAAAACAGCACUUGCCCGUCGGGCAAGUUAAGAACAAAAUUCACUAGCCGGAUAGCAAAAUCCACUAGCCCUGGGCUAUCGGAGAGGACUUUCUUUGCGCGCUGCAAACUGUUUUUUUUUUUAGUGCGGGCAUUUGUUUAUUGAUAAACCGAUUGUCACAAGCAAGUCUGCUGUACCAAGUGCACAGCUAUUAGCCCUGGGUUCGAAACUGUAUCCUAGCAACAUGCCGUGCAUGCUCAACAAAGAUCUUACUUGAUUCAUGCAGAGCCUUUCUUGAAUACACUAAAAUCAAGCAGUCAAAAGAAAGGCUCUGCUCUGCUGGCAGGGUGGUUUCACUUUAUUAAUUCUUUAGGUCCCAAGAGUGACCAGCAUUAAUUUUUUCCUAACAACAUCAGCAGAUCAUCAAGAGUAAAGGUUAUGAGAAUUACUUAAUUGAUUACCAAAGGGAGAAUGCUUUGAUCUUAAGCCAAAUUCUCUCAACUAUUCUUAAAAGAAAUGUAUGGAGAUAAGCCUGGAGAAUUUGAAUGUGGAUCAUGGGCCUUAAAGGGUUAAUUCUUGUAACUUGUUACCAGAAAACUGUUGUUUAGAUGUAAAGAUAGGAAUAUUAAGGAUAGGACAAAAUAUCAUUCACUGUUGAAUCCUGUAUUUGAUUGUUUCUUAAAUUCAUUGAACUAUAGGUGAACUGAAGAAAAUCCUGAAGCAAAUAACAGAAGGUAAGAAUGAGAAAGAUCAAGAAAAAGCAUCUGAGGAUCUCCAGGAAAUAAUGACCCUAGUUCAGUUUGCUAAUGACGAGUGUGAUUAUGGAAUGGGACUUGAGUUAGGAUUGGAUCUGUUCUGUUUUGGAAGCGAGCGUUUUCAUAAUGCCACUCUUCAACUUAUGCCACUUGCCUACAGGCUUCUUAGCAGGGACACAUUUGCAGAGAUUGUAGAAGUUCACAUAAAUAACCGAACUAGGGCUUCGCUGAGCCAGCUCCCAUCUUAA